CGCCGCCUCUGUAAGCGCCGCCGCCUCUAUAAGCGCCGCCGCGGGGCGGGCGCAGGAGCUGCGGCUGGGUUUUUUCUGUCCUGUUCCGCUUUGCACCGCCCGCCCGGCCGGGAGCAUGUACCAGAGCCCCGUGCGCUGCCUCUGUUCGGCACUGCCUGCACUCUGCUGCGCCCCCGUCGCUGCUUCGCCUUCCCACUUGCAGCUGCGGCCGCGCUGCCCCGCGACGCCACUCGGCCCUGCCGCCCUGCGGGCAGCAGCAGCGGCGAGAGGCUCGCCCGCCCCGGGGUCACCGCCCCGCACAGUGUGUUCCAUGGGAACCAGCAGUAGCCGGUUCUACAGUGCACUUGCCAAGACGCUGAGCAGCGGUGCCGUGUCCCAGCACCAGGACUGCCUGGAGCAAGCAGAUUCGGCACAGCUGGAUCCUAUAGACCCCAAGGAGCUGCUGGAGGAAUGUCAGAUGGUGCUGCAGAAACGGCCACCUCGUUUUCCGGAGGAACUUUGUGAACCUGAGUAAACACCACUGCCAGUAACCACCGCCCCCAUCCGGGUCAUGCAGUGGAACAUCCUAAUUGCAGCUCUUGGAGAAGGCAAAGACAACUUUGUUCAGUGCCCCAUGGAAGCUCUGAAAUGGGAAGAGAGGAAAUGCCUCAUCCUGGAGGAAAUCCUUGCAUACAAGCCUGACAUAUUGUGCCUGCAAGAAGUUGACCAUUACUUCGAUACCUUUGAGCCCCUCCUCAGCCGACUAGGUUACCAGUGCACCUUCUUCCCAAAGCCAUGGUCGCCAUGCCUGGAUGUGGAGCACAACAACGGCCCAGAUGGUUGUGCCCUGUUCUUCAGCAGGGAACGUUUCCAGCUGGUCAGCAGCACCACAUCCGCCUUUACCGCCAUGCAGCUGAAGACCAACCAGGUGGCCAUUGCCCAGACGCUCAAGUGCAAUGAGACUGGAAGGCUGUUCUGCAUUGCUGUCACCCACCUGAAAGCCCGCACAGGCUGGGAGCGGUUUCGGUCCGCACAAGGCUGUGACCUGCUCCAGAACCUGAAGAGCAACCAGGGUGCGAAGAUCCCACUGAUCAUCUGUGGAGACUUCAACGCAGAGCCAACUGAGGAGGUCUACAGAGAGUUCUCCAACUCCAGCCUCAACUUAAACAGUGCAUACAAGCUGCUGAGCCCCGACGGGCAGUCAGAGCCCCCAUACACCACCUGGAAGAUCCGGCCCUCGGGAGAGUGCCGGCACACACUGGACUAUAUCUGGUAUUCCCAGCAUGCCUUGAAUGUGAACUCAGCCCUGGGGUUGCUGACUGAAGAACAAAUUGGGCCCAACAGGCUCCCUUCAUUCAAUUACCCUUCUGAUCACCUGUCUCUGGUGUGUGACUUUAGUUUUAAUCAAGACCCUGACAGACUGCUGUAAGGUGUUGGAAUACCACCUAGUAUUGCUGUGUCUUAAGUCACCACUGUUUUAUUUUAGAGAGAACUUUUGAAGCUGGAAGUUCCUGGAGGAUGAGGAAAUGCCUUUGGUUAGACAUCACUUCAGGCCCUUGUUUGGAGUUACCCGUGUCAUUACUUGUUAACGUGGACCCUCCUCCAAGUGAGGAAGAAAAAAGUCAGUGUUCUCUUGGUGGUGGUUUUGCCAUGUCAGGGUUUGAAAAAUGGAAGGAAAAUGAGCUUUAUCCUUUCACUAACACCUGUGUUAAAGGAUUUAAUCCUCUAAUGAAUGUGGAGGCCUUAGUAUUUGAAACCAAACACUUGUGUUUGUAAAACAACUUGCCCUAACAGCAUGCUAAUUUUAUUUAUUCCAUACUAAGCUUAUUCAAGUACCAAAGGGAAGGGAGGCCCCCACUACUCAGUGAGAUUCUCUUCUAUCUUUUUUUUAUGUUGCAGUAAUGCAACAUUAACAAAUAUAAGCUCAUGUUAAUGUUGUCCUCUUUUUACGUGACUUGAGAGGAGAAUUUCACUAACAGUGAAUGGGUAAUAGCACAGUGUGAGGAAGGCUCCAUCCAGUAAGAGCAGGUGAGAAAACAGAGGCAAACAACAUCACACAGCAACAUCCUCGCUUCUCCAGGUGAAUGUGCAUGUGUCCAUUAUACACCUGUGGCCUGCAGGUGUACACACUGUGACAGUUACCUUUGCCUCUGUGCUUCCCUCCAGGCAGCAUUUCCUUCUCUGCUUCAAGUAUUACUUUUUUUAAUUGUUUAAAUUCGUAGUCCCUGUCAAUCUUGCUGUUUCAGUAAAGGGCCAGUCUUCAUGUUCAGAUACUAUCUUUACUUCUUCUCAAAAUCUGAAGCUACACUGGAACCUGUAAGAAGAUAAAAUUUAUUUAUGGAUAGAA